UUUAGAUAUACAAACCUUACCCACAAAGCUAAGCUCAAAAUGUCAGCGCCCAUUGACACAAAUUUUUAACACUGUUCAAAGAACUUUGUGCUCGAUUUUGACAUUCACAAUGGAACCUGAAGGAGCAGAAGGGUACAACAAGGACUACUUACAAAGAGUGUAUCAAAGUUUGUUAAAAACUGGUAACAAUAUUUCAUUGGCUGAAUUGAACACUGCAGCAGCUGAGGUGCCAUUGGAUAGCACCAGCCAAUCAAACGUCUUAUCUGUUGCUAACCAAUCCCAGAUAAGACAAACAGUGAAGAUUAUCCAAUCGAAUGGUUCCCCAAGAGGUGAAACAUCCAAACCAAUUCAGGCAACAAGUAGUUUGGGACAUCAUGGUGCUGUGAGUUUACUUCAAAAACAACAUGGGAAGGAGAGUAGCAUUAUGGGAUACAGAAAGAAACAGCCAAGUAGUAAUAGAGGAAGAAAAAACCCGGGAGGAACUGCCAGGGAUCCUUACUAUCAUAAAUGGAAAUAUCUGAAGAAAUAUGUGAAGAAUAUGGUUUUUAUGAAUGCAGCAAUUUGUGAUGAGGUAGUAAGACAAGAAGAAAAAGUUGCACGAGCCAGGGAGGAAAGAAGGUUUCUUCUGCGAAAGUUUCUUCAUUACCAGACAGCUGUUGAAACACCAACUCUUGUCGGUAAACUUGGUGCUACCUCCAUGUUGAAGAGUGCCACUGGUGAAGAGUUACUUGCAGGGGCAGGUAAAUCAAAAGGAAAGAAGAAAAGUGCUGCACAAGGUGGGGAUAAAGCUAAACAAACGAGGGAAAUGUUAGAAUCUCUAGGAGUGAAAAGCAAGCCAAAGAAAAGUAAAGUGGCAGGUGGGAAGCAUAUUGUUCCUCCUAUACCACUAGAUAAUGCAGGGAGACCAAUGUUUCCACUGGUGUUGGGUGAUCUUACUUUAUAUAGUAUAGGGGAGAUAGUACCAGAUCGUCCAGGUUUCCACACGUCUAACAGUAUAUUUCCUGUCGGCUACUGUAGUACGAGAGUAUAUGCCAACAUUUCAAAUCCUGAAAAACAGUGUCUGUAUACUUGUAAAAUAUCUGAUGGAGGCAAUGGACCUAUGUUUGAGAUUGUUCCUGAAGAUGAUACAAAAACAUUUAAAAGUAGAUUCCUGUCAGAAUGUCACAGUCAGUUAUUACGUGCUCUGAAUCAGGCUAGGGGUAUGAAAUUAGUGGAAACUACGGGAAAAGGACCAGAUUUUUUCGGGCUCUCGCACCCUGUGGUACAGAACUUGAUACAGAGUUGCCCUGGGGCUAAAAAGUGCAAUGGAUAUAAAUGGGUGAAAUUUGAAGUGAAUAAGAACCUCACCAUGGAUAGUAUGCCCAUAUUGUCAGAGGACCCAACCAUCAGUCAUAUGGCAUUGAAAUUGAAGAUUUCAGGUAUUCUUGAGCAAUCCCCGUCUAAUCUGAGAACACUUCUAUCAGGAGCUGUACUGGAUGGCAGUUUACUUAACACCUGAGCGGAACACCUGAACUGAACACCCGAGCUGAACACUUACAAUACACUGGAAUUGUUCAGUCUCUCUGUUAGUGGCACAAACAUAGACAUGUUAACAGUUAAGACAGCAAGCCGUUUACAGUUUUUAUGUUAACAGUUUUGUUCACAUUUAGGACAGAAUCUGUGUAACAUGAAGAUAAUAUUUGAAAUGAAAUACAUUAGCAUACAGUGUAGUUGCAGUGAUAGAUUUUGCUAGAGUGCGGUCUUUAAAUUUCAGAGUUUAGUUUCAAUGAGUACAUUUGUAACACAUGAUAGUUCAAAGUCCAAAAAUAAAUGUUAAAAAAAAUGAAAUGACAAAUUCUCUGUUUGACUUGUCAUUUUUUCAUGUCAAACUAUGACUUUAUGUAUGAUUGAUGAGGUAAUGAGGUGUAUUAUAUUUAAACCUUAACCUGCUGAAUUUUCAAAAUGAAAUUUUUCCAGUUUCCAUUUCUGGAACUGUUUAUUAUCAACUUUGGGGAUAUAAAGAUGAAAUUUUAAAUAAGUCAGCUGACCAUGUUUCUUUAUACGACAGCUGUGCCUCAUAGUUCCAGGAAGCAGACCAAGAUUGGCCAACAUGAGCUGUAAGCUUUCUUAAUUAAUGUUAACUCUAAAAUCAGUGGAUUUUUAAUUUUUGUAAUUGACAGAUGAUAGGAGAUUUAGGGUUGGUAAUAAAGAUCUCUGAUUCUGAAAAUAAUGUGUUCAGUGAAUUCUGAAUAGUUCUUAUUUAAUCUUACAAUUUUCUUUUACAAUAAGUUUACUUCAUAAUUAAUAUGAAAUUUAAUUAUAAUCACAAUUUUAUUUGAAAGUUCUAAAAUGAAAUCUCCAAUUAUAGUCUGGUUUUGUGUAUUAUUUUGGACAUUUGUUGAGAUAUUUAUUUUGAUAUUGUAAUUAUUUUGUUUGUAUAAAGAAAUAAAAAUCUGUAAAAAAAUAAAACUACACAGUCA